AUGCCCUGGCUAGAGAAUACCCUGGCCGGCUUGAAUGGUGGUUUGCGCAGGGUGGACAAUGAGCUGAUCAUUGCUUGGGUACCAUACCCUUGUGCAGGAGUAGUCUCUGCUUCAAAACAGCACUUCUGCCUUUCUCAGAUAACGUCCAUGGCAAGCCACUUCCCCAAGUCUUUUGCGGCAGUGUUGCUCCUUCCCAACCGUGUGCGCCCUGCAGUGGUCUCUUUCUUGCCUGAGACUGUCUAUGGGAGCCGCUCUGCAUUCCAUGAGGUUCUUCUGGUGACCUCAAAUGACAAGAACAAUGCAGUUUGGAAGUCCAAGUUCUUCAAGUCAGGCAUUGUUGGUGGUGUCAAGAUGCUUCAGCGUGCUGACAUGUUGAAGCUGCCUAAAGAGACCUAUGGUUCUGAGAAGCGCUUCACCCCUGGCCAAGAGCAAAAGCAGCACAUGGGUGGCAUCAGUAUCGUGUCCUCCAUCAUUGAGGGCUUGGCUCCUGCAAACUCGAAGCCUGCCACAGUGAUUGUGGAUCUUUUGGGCUAUGAUGGCUGGACUGGUGUCUACGCACUCCAGCAGAUUGCUGCAGGGCAAAAGAUUGCAGCGGCAACCGUUGGGCACACACAGCAGGAAUCUGCCUGGUGCAACUCCAUCAUCUCCAAUCGCGCUUUUGACCUUUGCCGCGGAGGAACUCUGAGCUUGCCAGGCUUCCCAGACUUCAAGAAAGCUGUGGCACCUGCCCCACAGCCAUCCUACUCUGUUUGCAUCGGUGUCGCUGAAUCCCUGGUGGUCAAACAAUGCUUAGUGGAACAGUGGGAGAAAAAGGAUGACUUUGGCGCUGAACUGAAGACCCUUCUCACUGACCACAACCAGGAGUUCAACCCACGCGGCAUCAAAAGGGGAAGUGAAGCUACUGGGGCAUCUACAAGCCCAAGGCCUGCCAAGAAACUUUGCAUUCCCAAUGAGCCCAUGUCCUUGGAUGAGUUUGAAAGCAAGUUUGAAGACAGGUUGGAUCUUCCAUCGGGGCAUUGGACUUUGACACUCACUAGCGGUUCACUCUUCUUACACUCCAAUGAAGACUAUGUGGUCCCAGAGCAUGAGGAGCUGUGUGGCUUUGGGAGUGGUGACUUCGCCAAACAGGCUGAGGCAGCAGAUGUUAUGGGUGAUUGUGCUGGCCGCUGGGUGCUCUACGACCUCUCUGGCACGGCGGCUGACAAAUUGGCAAUCUUGGAACAUUCCAAGAAGCUUCCAGAACAUCUACGUGAACUCGAUAUCUACAACAAGGUGAUGCCACUGUCUGAACUCAUGCUGGCGCUGGAGAAUGCAGGGGAAGUCAAGACUAGCUUUGCUGAGCAUGAAGUUACAAAGGAUGACAAUGGCAGCUUCAACAUCAAGGCACUGGGCAAGGUCGUUUUUGUUCUGGACGCGCCAAAGGACAAAGAAAAGAAGAAAAAGAAG